GUGGCAAUGACUGUACAGGAUUUAAAGUGUCAUUUUUUUAACAUUUGAAAAGCAUUAGGCUCCAUGUGUAACAGGACAAUGACCUUGGCUAAAGGUUUACUUCUCCCUGUCCCUGUGACGUGCUCUGAUGAUCAGAGGGGCCGUUGAGAUGCCUGGAGUGGUCAGGGGUCAUCAAAGGGCAGCUGUCCACUAUAAAAGGGCUUGUCUGGAUCUCUGUCUGCACACAGCAGCCUGAGACCAGCUGGAUAAAGGAACCCUCCAGACUAUCUGUCCUUACAGUUUCUGUGGAUUUUUCUGCUCAGUUUCAUUUACAAAAAUGGAAAACCGAGUGUUGACAGUUUUCUGCACACUCAUCAGCACUUUAGGGUUUGUUCUGUCCACUCAGGGUCAAAGAUCACACACAGGGCUUGAGAGAAGUUCACCGCUCAGAAACCUCACGUUCAGCCACCGCAGCAGAUAUUCUCUGUACAUGAUGCAGCUGUACCGCUCCUUCAGAAACGCUGACUCCUUCGCCUCAGUAUCUGUCAAUGACGUCACUGCUCAGAGCAACAAUCCGCCGUAUAGAGCUAACUCUGUCCUGAGCCUCAUGGCUAAAGGUUGCCACCAAGUUGGUGAAAAAUGGACCGUCACAUUUGACUUUUUGUCUGUCUCUGCUGGAGAAUUCAUGCAGUUGGCAGAACUGCGAAUAGGACUUUCAGCUUUUUUGGCAUCCAAGCAUGCCACCGUGGAUUUGUAUCACUCCCAAAAACAGAGCUGUGGCCUGGGAAGCACUUCCUGCCAAGAGGAGCCCCUUUUUCUGGGGAGCUUCAAUACCUCUCUGAACAGCACAAAGUCUUCCUGGAAGGUUUUCAAUGUGACUGCACUGUUAAAAUACUGGCUGUACCAGAGUGACAGGGUGUCCAACCAGGAGGCCUCAGGAGAAUAUGGGCCAGAGCACGGAAGUGGUGCUGGGGAAGAAAGAGAAGAAACUCAUAUGAGCGUAUUCAAGCAUUUGGAGCUUCGACAAAGACAAAGAAAAAUACAAGCAAUGAACCGGGUCAUGAUGGUCAUCUUCUCCAAACCCAAUGUGGCACAGGAAGGUCACUCAGCCUAUAGCAUAAUUUACACUGUGGAGAAGUCAAAGUAUGUGACCACAGACAAGUCCAGCAAUGACAGUCCGAGUAGGCGACAUAAAAGAAACCGAAUGGAACCACUGAUAAUGGUCAACGGAGCGCCACCUACAGCCGAGCCCGUCCACAGACCUCUGUGUCGGAAGGUGGACAUGUGGGUGGACUCUGAUCACAUUGGCUGGGAUGAGUGGAUUGUACAUCAUAACCGAUUUAAUGCCUAUCGCUGUGAGGGAGAGUGUCCCACACCACUAGACGACUCCUUCAGUCCCACCAACCACGCGUACAUGCAGAGCCUUUUGCGUCAUCACCAUCCAGAAAGAGUGACUUGUCCGUCCUGUGUGCCGACUCGCCUGAGUCCACUUUCCAUGCUGCACUAUGAGAAUGAUGAUCUAACCCUGCGUCAUCAUGAAGACAUGAUUGUGGAAGAGUGUGGCUGCCAUUGAAGAGCCAACCCCCACUGGUGUCACAGCAGUUACCAGUGAAACUAUCCUGGUUGGAGAAACCAGGAGAAAAAUGAACUGCUUUAUUACUGUACAGUCAAAAAUAAUGACAGGACGUGACUAAAAAGCUGAAUAAAAGUAUAUCUCAUCCAUAAUGGGUGGUACACAUAGCAUCUUAUGUAUGGAGUGAGCUCCAUUGUGAACUCUUUAUGUCUAUUUAUACAUUGUGGCAGGCACUGCAAGGGAUGCCUCUCACCCUACAGGACUGUGGGCUGGGGGCGUGGUUUACGGUACCUAUGUUUUGGCACGCUGAGUUGUUGAAGUUCAGUUGUUCUGCGCUUUUGGAAUAAAGAGUAAACUCACUCCCGUCUCCUGCGCUUUCUCCGCCCUGCUACAUUGGUGACCCCGAAUUGACCGUGUUCGAAGCUGCAGAGGAUCGU